AUGUUGCCAUGUGUCUGCUGGCUCCAGCCUCUCCUCAUCUUGCUGUCUUCUGUCGUACGGACCUGGGGGGAAAACUGUCCAGUGACCUGUCUGUGCCCGGACCCUCACACUGUGGACUGCAGCGGCCGUGGACUGACUCGUCUCCCCGAAGAGAUCCCCCUGGAUGUGCGGAGGCUUUUGCUGGCUGACAACUGGAUCCCCCGCAUCCCGUCGGACUUCUUGGUUCUGUACAGUGACCUGGUCUACCUAGACCUAAGGAACAACUCUCUCUCCCACAUAGAGCCAGGGACGCUCAGCACCUCUUCCAGGCUCGUCUUCCUGGACCUUGGCAGCAACAAUCUGACUGAAAUCCCCAAGGGGACCUUCGGUGAGUCCCGCAGUCUUAUCAAACUACGGUUGGGCAACAACCCAUAUUUGAGCAUGGUGAACGAGGAUGCUUUCCUGGGCCUCACCUCUCUGAGAGAGCUGGAGCUGGAGCGUAACGCACUGUCUACCCUUAAGGUGGGGGCGCUGAGCCAGCUACCCUCCUUACGGGUGGUGAGGCUGGAGGGCAACCCUUGGGUGUGCAACUGCAACUUUGCCAACCUGUUCGCAUGGCUGAUGGAAAACAGUCACAAGCUUCCUAACGGUGUGGAGGGUAUGGAGUGCUCGCUCCCAAUGGACGGCAGGCGUGUCUCACUGACCCAGCUCUCACAGGACAGCUUCCGGGAGUGCCAGGUGACCCUCACCCUAACCGAUCUGCUUAUCAUCAUCUUCUCCGGCAUCUCAGUCUCUGUGGUGGCCAUCAUGACUAGCUUCUUCCUGGCUUCCACGGUUCACUGUUUCCAGCGCUGGAGCAAAGGCACCAAGGGGGAUGAGGAGGAGAGUGAAGAGUGAGACCGACUCUUUUAUUGUAAGGAUCUUCCGAAGCCUUGCACUGAAGUUGCUG